ACACAGCGGCAGAGCUGGUGGUGCAUCUGUCGGACAAGUCCAGUCAGCGGUGUAAGGCAAACGCGAGCACUCCCCGCACGCCACCACACACCCAACAGGCGGCUUGUUUGUUUGCAGCUCCCAGCACCAUGAAACAGUCCGGCGGCGGCGGUAGCAGCAGCAGCAGCAGCAGCAGCUAAGAGAUGGAAGAUAAAAAGCCAGCUGGCAUCAGGCACAUCUCCAAGCCAGGGGAUGCGGGCAGACCCGGGGGAGGAGGCGGCGCCGUGCAGGUGUCCAAGUGCGACCUGAGUGUGAUCAAGGGGGAGCACGGCCAGUCCGACCCGCAGGAGACCAUCCGGCGAGCGUUGGACUUCAAGAGCCAGGGCAACCAGUGCUACAAGGAGAAGAAAUUCCGGGAAGCCAUCGGCAAGUAUCACCGGGCUCUGCUGGAGAUGAAGGGCUUCCUUGCAGUGAGCGAAUCCGAGUCCUCGUCCUCUGCCGUUCAGGUGCACCCUGGCCCGGGGAGAACGUCCGUGAAACUGACCGAGGAGGAGAGGAAGGUAGUGGAGAACAGCGAGAUCGAGUGCUACAACAGCUUGGCAGCUUGCUUACUACAAGCAGAACUAGUGAAUUACGAGCGAGUGAAGGAAUAUUGUCUCAAGGUCCUAAGAAGGAAGGGGGAUAAUUUCAAGGCUCUGUAUCGCUCUGGUGUGGCCUACUAUCAUCUUGGGGAUUACGACAAAGCGUUAUAUUAUCUGAAGGAAGCAAGGAACCGAGAGCCAACAGAUACAAAUGUGAUCAGAUACAUCCAGCUAGCGGAGAUGAAACUCAGCAGAAGCUCGCAGAAGGAGAAAGAAGCACUGUAAAAGGAUCUAAUACUCCAGGAUUGUGAGCGGACAAUUGGAAUGCUGACUGGAGGGUUAUGUUUCAGCAUAAAACCUUGUUCCCUGGAUUGGAUGCUUGCCUGCACAACACUGACUCUGGUUCCUCAGCUGAAGAACUGCAGCACUGCACAACGUACCAAGUUCAGCAACUUUGUGGAAUCGGAAAUGGAUUGGAAGUAAGCCCAGGCUGUGAUGUCAUUACAAGACCUUAGGCAAACUUGGUUGGGAUGUUUUAACCUGUCUUGCUAGUUAAGCAAAGUUAACUGCUGAGAAAGUCCUAUUUAUAAUGGGAAUUGGCAAAUAUUUACUGAAAACUUAAAAGGCGGAAUGGUAUCAUUCUUUAAGAAUGGGGAAGGAAGUGCUUUUGCAAUGACAUCACAACAAUUCCAUAAAAUGGUCAACAGCAAAUAUCCUGAUUGAAAACUGUGCAAGUGAGACCAUCUUAAAACAAUAGGUUUUGUAGAAAGAAUACAAAACGUUUGUGCAUUCUUGUACAUUUGCACUGUCAUGUAACCUUUACUCGCUAAAGGUUUGGGGAUGGCGGGAAAGGCUGAGAGCGACUGUUUAUUAAAUAGGUCUUGUUUGAAAUAAUACACAUGAAUUAUUAUAUUAAAAUUUAAAAAAACCUGUAUAGACAGUAAGAGAAAACAAGUAUCUACUAUUAUCAGUUUUGAUAUUUGUGCUUUAAAUUAAAAAGUAUAACUUUUCCUGAAGUGGAACUAGAUGUGAUGUGACAUGAACAUUGAAUGUGCUAAGUGGAGUGGUUAAAACGAAGUGGAAGGGGAGCACAAGAGUUGUUCGCAGAACUGAAGAAGCAUGAAUUAACAUCAUUGCAUACAUGCGUGGUGCACUUGCCUCAAGUUCCUCUGCCAAAUAUUUUCGUGGAGAACCAUUAGAAAAAAAGAGUGCAUUUGGAAGCUGGAGGAAUGAGAGAGAGAAAGCGAGAGAAGGAGAGAAGGUGCUAGCAUUUUGGCAGAAAAGCUACAGCAGAAAGUCAAGUAUUUUUAGAUUUAACCAAUAAACAUUAGUUUCUGCACCAGUAGACCACAUUAGUUGCAGCAUACAAACUACAGAUAGGUAGUUCUAACACAACAGGUCUUGGAAAUCUAGCAGCCUGAGGAUGUUAAUACGUCUACUGCCUGAGUUCGCCAACAGUCACAAUUUCAUUAAUGUUAUUGACUUUGAGCUGCUUAAUGAUUUACAGCGAGACUGUCUCUAUUGCAAAUGAGUGUAAAAUGACCUCAUCAUUUAAAUGCAAGUAUUUGUAAUGCUGCACGUCAAUUUUCCAACAAUUGGAAAGAGGAUUCAUCUUUUAAAAGUCUGUUGUGUACACAGUGAGCCAUGAUUUUAAUAUGACAUAGGAACAGGACGUGCUGGUAAUGCCUGGUGAAGGUAAUGCCACAAUUGCUGAGUAUUUACACUAUUUUCUCUUCUACUUUAUGAUAGUCCACAUUUGCAAAUUUUGAUAUCAGUGGUACAAUAAGUGUUGCUAAAGGGAGAAAUAAGAUGCAAAAUAACUGCAGCACUCAACAGUUGCUCUAUUAAAUCAAGCUAAUGCUUUGGGUUAAUCAGUCCUUUUAUAAUCCCAGUAUUAAUAAUUGUGUAUAGAUAGGGCAAUAAUCACUAUGGUGAUUUGGGGGAGUGUGCUACAAAGUAUAUUCCAAACAAAAUGCACAGCUGAACAUACCAAUAUCCUUAGGUGGUUACAAGACCUUCACCAAUUGUGUCAGGAAUUAAGCUAUAUUCAUAUGAUUAAGGAGAAGUUACUUCAUCUUUUAUACUGGUUUGAAGGUGAAAAAGUAUUCCUCAAAAGUAGACAUUCCUAACCUCUCAAUUCACAAUUAGUAAGCAACUUGAUUUCUUCCCCAAGUAUUUUCCUAUUUCAAGAGGGUCUCAUUAUUAGCUGAAAAUAAAGCAUGCUAACAUAAUGCCUCAGUCAUAUCUCAAAGCUCUGAUUGUGUUUCACCUAAUGAGUCAUACAGCACAGCAAUGGACCCUUCAGCCAACCACAUUCAUGCUGACCUUUUUGUCCAUCUACACUGAUCCCAUUUGUCUGCAUUAGACCAUAUCCUUCUAUGCCUUGCCUAUUUAAGUAUCUACUUAACACCUCUUAAACAUAGUAAUUGUAUCUGAUUCCACUACCUCCUCUGCAGUGCGUUCCAGAUAACACCCAUUCUCUGUGUAAAAAAAAACUUAGAUCCCCUUUAAAACCCCUUCCUCUUACCUUAAACCUAUGCCCUCUUGUUUUUGAUACCCUUACCAUGGGGAAAAGAUCUUGACUAUCUACCCUAUCUAUACCUUUAAUCUUAUACUUGCAUACUGUACUUCUAUCCUAAUUUUGAUCAUAUUUUAUCUAGGCAAAUGUAAUACCCAUUUUCCACACAAUAUGCUCUCAUAAGCAACAACAUGAAGACUGAAUACUUAGUCUGGUUAUUUGACGAUGAGAAGGAAGUGUACAAGAGUGUCAGGUUCUUCAUUCAUCUGAAUCAGUGGAACAGAUGGAUAGGUUCUUUGUUUGAGGUAUCAUCUGAAGUACAACCAUCCAAGAGUACACCGUUCCCUCAAGGCUACUAUCAUUUGGAUUAUUUGGUCAUCAAAGUGGAACCUUUGACCCCAUAACCACCAAAAUAUUUAAAAGUGCUGGACCAUAACGUAGUGGAAGGAACUUUCUUCUCUGAUGGUGGAAUGAUAGCUCAGGAAGAUCACAAUGCAAUCAUUUCAAAAUGAAACACUGUAAGUCCUAUUUUUACAGAUCAGGUUAGUUUAUUUCCAUUUAUGACUAUAAACCAGAAGUGGUGGCUCUCAGUUGGUCAGGUUGAAGAGAAUACUGAUUUCUCAUUACAGAUUCAUCAGUAACCAUUUCAUAUAUGUACUACAUGCUAGGGACGUAUUAGUAUCACCUGACUGCUCCCUACUUUAUGUAGAACUUCUUAAUUAGUAAAUUCUUGACAAAAAGCUGGUUAUCAGGGUUAUUGAUCUAUUAACAAAACAAUGUGAGGCUGAUAGUUGAUUUAUCUUCUUCUAAUCCUUUACUCAACUCGGUUCGCUUUUAAAUAAUUGAAGCUGAUGUAAACUUUUUUUUAAAACCGGCAUCGAUUUUAAAGUGCUUAUCCAUUGUGUGUUGUUAAUUGUUCAGAGGUGCACAGAACAGGAAGACCCCGAGUUCACUCGCCAGUCUGUGUUGAGUUAAUCAAUUUCCACCCAAGCAGCAACUGGGAAUGAGAUUGCAAAUAUGUGAGACUUCUGCUUGUCACUAGUUAGUGAGCUUAGAAAGAAAUGCAGGCAUGUGGAUAAGAGUGGGAUCAGUCUCAGUUGUACUACUCCCCACACUGAAAAUAACCUAAAUAGACAACCAUGAGGAAAGAACAUCAUGAUCUAUUUUCCCUUUUUAACUCUGAGCACGGAAACCAAUUGCAGCAUUCAGUUGCUGAUAUAAGCAAACUCUGCCUAGACCUGGAAUUAGAUCUGUAAACCUUUAGGGUGGUUCAGACUCGGCUAAUCACUGGAUGAACUCAGUCAUCAAGAAAUCAACGACAAAAAAAUAACUUGCUGAUAACAACACAGGUAGCCUUUCAGUCCAUUACCAUCAAUGCUGGCUCCCACCACAGCAGUCCUGCAAGUCCCAUUCCCCUCUUUAAUUAGAACCAUUAGAACCAUGGAACAAUACAGCACAAUACAGGUCCUUCGGCCCACCAUGUUGUGCCGCCCUUCAAACCAUGCUUGACGAAGCGAUCACCCAACCUGCACCGGUCUCUCCACGACUCCCUUGUCACAGCUCUCUCUGUGACUCCCUUGUCCACUUGUCCCUCCCCAUCAAUAACCCCCCUGGCCGCAUGCCUGCAACCGCAUCAAGUGCUACACCUAUACCUACACCUUCUCCUUCACCACCAUUCAGGGUCCCAGCCAAUCCUUCCAAGUGAGACAGUGCUUUACCUGUGAGUCCGAGGGUGUCAUUCAUUGCAUCCGUUACUCCUGGUACGGCCUCCUGUACAUUGGUGAGACCCAAUGCAGAUUGGGUGACUGCUUCGUCGAGCACCUUCGCUCCAUCCACUGCAACAGCCAGGACCUCCCGGUGGCCACCCACUUCAAUUCCACAUCCCACUCCCACACUGACAUGUCUAUCCAUGGCCUCCUCUACUGCCACGUUGAGGCAAGAUGCAGGAUGGAGGAACAACACCUCAUAUUCUGCCUUGGGAGCUUCCAAUCCGAUGGCCUCAACAUCGAUUUCUCUAACUUCCGGUAACCCCACCCCUUCUUCUUCUUUCUCCCCCUCUCCUCUGUCUUCCCUUAUUCCUAUGGCUCCCUUGAUGACCUGCCCAUCUCCUCUCCUCUCCUCCCCCAUUCUUUAUUCCAUCGUCCAUUGCCCUCUCCUAUGAAUUCCUUCUUCUUCAGCCCUUUGCCUCUUCUACCUAUCACCUCUCAGUUUAUUAUAUCUUCUCCCCCUCCCCCACCCACCUACCUUCCCCCCUCACCUGGCGUCACCUAUCACCUGAACUCACCUAUCCCCUGCCUGCGUGUGCUGCUCCCCCUCCCCCCACCUUCUUAUUCUGGCUUCUGCCCUCUUCCUUUCCAGUCCUGAUGAAGGGUCUCUGCCCGAAUCGUUGACUGUUUAUUUCCGUCCAUGGAUGCUGCCUGACCUGCUGAGUUCCUCCAGCACUUUGUGUGUAUUGCUGUUAUUGUAGCUGUUGCUUGGUGCAUGAAUUGGACUCAGGUCCACAUGGACAGAAAUCUGAUGCCCAUUACAAGCCCUUUGGUAUUUCUAGACCACAGUUCUCAUCUAUAAUCCUACAAAAUCCUUUAAAUAGUCUAAAUGAAAGCCUUUAAAAGCUUGUUUAUAGUUCUGAAAGAAGGUAAGUUUAUUGCCAUGCUCUUUGCAGAAGGACAAGUUCUUUUUAGGAAUAAUCACAAGGAAUAAGUUCUUCCCAAUUUUUUUAGCUGCACUCUGAGGAGAACCUAAAUUUAGCAGCACUGGCAAUGCUAUGGGAGCUGGCUGUGGUUAUACAGCCAUUAUCAACAGGGUCCAUUUUAUUUUGCAAAUAUGAAUAUUUGGUUCAUCAGCUUUGAAUGGGAUAUAAUGUGCAAAGGAGUUGUUCAGUGUUGGUCUAAUAAACAAAAUGACUGCCAACAAUGAAAACAACCUUGCAGGUUUCAAUGUUAUAGUUCAUCGUUAGCUAAUACCAGAUAAUUAGGAAUUGAACACAAAUGAAAGCAAGGCUCAAAAGAGACUAUCCAAAUCCUGACCCUGCAGAUUUUUCUCAGGGAACAGCAGAUUAUAUUGAAUUAUUAGGACUGACAUAGACAUCUAAUAAUGAUGCACCACACUGAAGGCAGAAAAAAGUUGGAGAUGAUGCUUAUUUCUCAAUCUACUCAAGAUGCUGUCAUGCCUUAUCAAUGUGUAGUCAGCUUAAAACAUUUGUCUAAUAUUAUGACUCUGACCGCCAAAUGAAAACCAACUGUCAAUUCAGUAGCCUGUGCCAGUAGACGGGGGAAUAUUACAGCAACAGUCUGUGUAAGUCUCAGUCAGGUAAAGACACUUUCUUUUCUUGGUCACUGGUGGUCCAUUGUAACUAAAACAUUUUACUCUUUCAUGCCUAACAUAAGCCACACACAAAUUGACAAUGAGAAAUGGGAUUUGCUUAGAGAUCAGAUAAUCAGAAUCACGUUUAUUAUCACUGCCAUAUGUCAUUAAAUUUGUUGGUUUGUGGCAGCAGUACAGUGCAAAGACAUAAAGUUGUAAAAUUUACUAUAAGUUACAAAAUAAAUAGGACAAAAGAGGAAUAAUGAGGUAGUGUUUAUGCAUUCAUAGACCAUUCAGAAAUCUGAUGGCGGAGGGGAACGUUAAGUGUGGAUUUUCAGGCUCCUGUAACUCACCCCCCCCCC